CUCUCUGGCAGUAAGUUUCCAUCUUUGGCUGGGGGCUUUGGCUUUCUCCCAUUUCUCUGGCAGGUAUCCACUGGGCCGGAGAGCCAGUACAUAUGCCGGAGCGGAGGGCCUGUGAUAGCCAGUCGAUAGCAAAACAUGAGAGAGUGCUCAUCGCGCAACAGUCCGAGUCUUAGUGUGGCAAUCGAUCAGCGCUUGAGAAUCGACACCUGUCGGUAUUUAAUCGAGAUCCUGUCGCGUCGCAUCACCGGCGACUAACGGUGCUAAUUGCAGCUGGCUAGACCUGUUCCCACAUCUAUGGAGUUUCAUCUAGACAGUGCAGAAUACUGCCAGGCACAGCACAAA